AACACUUCCUGGUUCCUCCCUGAAUUGGCGCGUGGGCCGUUAUCAGGAAAUGAUCAGAUUUCGUUAUUAUGUGACAGAUGAAAUAAAAACGGUUGGAUUUCCCGCAGACUGACGUCCGCCAUGGCGCUGCGCGUGCCUGCCUGCGUCCUCCUGCUGCUUUCUGUCACAUCUGGAGAGGACGGAGGGAAGAUUCUGGUUUGGCAUUCUGACGCGAGUCACUGGAUCAACAUGAAGCCGCUGCUGGAGACGCUGGCGGACAGAGGACACCGGGUGACCGUCCUGGUCCCCAGCUCAUCCAUAUUCGUGAACAGCAGCGAACCCUCCCGCCUUCACUAUCAGCCUUUUCACGUCGCUGUCUCGAAGCGAGUCAUAGAGAAGUUUGCAGAAGAGUUUGUUCACCUCUCUGUCUACGGGGCGAAUAACCUGAGCUACAUUCAAAUAUUCUACAAGUUAAUGGAGUUAAUCAAGACCAACACCGACAAUAACAUGAAGAUCUUGGACGGUGUGGUGAAAUCAGAAACUGUGAUGAAGAAGCUGAAGGAGGGGGACUAUGACUUGCUCCUGGCUGAUCCCAUCUACGCAGGAGGUGAUUUAGUUGCUGACUUGCUGGGCAUCCCUCUAGUCUUUUCUUUGCGGUUUUCCAUAGCUCACAACUGGGAACGACGGUGUGGCCAGCUGCCUGCCCCACCUUCUUUUGUUCCAGGUGCUUUAAGCAAACUGACUGAUAAGAUGAGCUUCCUAGAGAGAGUGCUGAACUUUCUCUUCUACCCCCUGCAUGACAUGCUCUUACAUCAGUGCAUUUGGAAGGAGGUUGAUAAACAUUAUUCCGAAGUAAGAGGAACGCCGACCAGUGCCUGCGAGUUGAUGGGUAAAGCGGACAUCUGGUUGAUGAGAAACUACUGGGAUUUUGACUUUCCUCGUCCGUUUCUCCCCAACUUUAAAUUUAUUGGUGGGAUCCACUGCAGACCUGCUAAACCUCUACCAACAGAUAUAGAAGAGUUUGUUCAAAGCUCUGGAGAUGACGGCAUCGUGGUCUUCUCUUUAGGGACCGUGGUCAAGAAUCUGACCACAGACAAGGCAAACCUGAUAGCCUCUGGACUCGCUCAAGUCCCACAAAAGGUGCUGUGGAAAUACAGUGGGAACACUCCCGAAACUCUGGGGUCCAACACUAAACUCUACUCAUGGAUUCCACAGAAUGACCUGCUGGGUGUGGUCAGCAGACUCACAGACAAGAUUAACUUCUCAGAGAGAACGUGGAACCUCCUCUUCUACGUCCUGCAGGACUUAGUUCUGGAUCAGUGUAUGUGGAAGAAGGAACACCCACCAGUGCCUGUAAGAUGAUGGGUAAUGCUGACAUCUGGUUGUUGAGAACCUACUGGGAUUUUGACUUUCCCCGUCCAUUACUUCCCAACUUCAAAUUUGUUGGAGGGAUUCACUGCAAACCUGCUAAACCAUUACCAAAGGUGCUUUUUCCAUAAUUGUACACCAAAUAAAUCAUAGUUAACCCUCUCAGGCUCAAAGCAAGUUUUGAUAAAAGGGCAAACAACUAAAUCCUUCUUCUGAGUGUUAAAAUGCUCAUGAAAUACAUACAUGGAGUAACCAGGUAGGUAGGUUUUAGCGUUGCACAUCUGCAACGCCUGCUUCCAGAGGGUUAAAUCCUAAUGUAAAGAAUAAGAUCUGAAAUAAAAAAUAUCUACAAAAUAGGCAUCUUAUUAGCUGUUUUAUUGAAUAAAAAAGCAGAUUUUGAUUAAAAAAAUACAAUUUUUCUGCUUUAAAGAAUUAAAAAUCUGUUCCUGCAGUAUUUCAAAAAGUUUGUCCAAAGCUCUGGAGAUGACGGCAUCGUGGUCUUUUCUUUGGGAUCUAUUGUCAAGAAUCUGACCACAGACAAGGCAAACAUGAUCGCCUCUGCCCUCGCUCAAGUCCCACAAAAGGUCAGAAACGGGGGAAUCUACAGGGGGGCUCUGCUGUAGAGCCUUGCCCCCAUAGCUGCCCCCCAUAUCUACGUCCUUUAAAUACUCUUGCGCCUAAUGUUUAUUUUGAAUUCAUUUAUUUCUGUCUUUAUUCUGUAUAACAUCUAUGCCUUAAAAUCGUUUUCCUAUAAGAAAUGCUAAAAAACAAACACGUUUUAAGGUCUUGUUCAUGGAAAAACCGUGUUAUCCUUGUUUAAAAAAUACAAUUGGCAGUUCUCAGUUGCAUACACUUGCUGAAUUUCCAUUUCCAUUUCAAUGUUUUCCAUCGCAUGCAUCAGCCGCAGAAAGGAAGCGAAAGGGAAAACGAUUGAGUCAGAAAAAGCUGGUCUCUUUUACGUCACAGAGAAAAUUUGCAUUCAUUGGACCGCUCACCUUGGCUUGCAACCGCAGAAGGUUGUAUCGAGUUUACAGCCUGGAGAGAGCAGAGCACAUCAUGACAAGUAGAAACUAACCAUUAGCAAUAGCAAAUCAACAACAUGGCACAACACAUUCAGGCUUUUAUUUGCAGAGAUGACACAUCAAAGUUGGAUUUUUUACCAAAGGAGGAAGAGCAAACAAGGCAGCGUAAAGCCUAAUUUAUACUUCUCCAUCAGCACCGUGAUGGAGACACGCACGCAUGGAGGGAGACAUUUUGCCCUCAUACUUCGUCUCCUGGGGAGUGUCGCAAAGCAAUUCCCCUCCAGGACAACAGAGGGUGCAGUGCUGCUCUGUGGUAGCCUGGCCUGCCAGACUCGUCCUCUGUUUAAUUCUGCACAGAGAAAGAGUCUGGUAACUCACAGGCAGAGAGGCACUUGAGGGGCGGGACUAGGCAGCUCAAAAAUGACCAAUCAGAAAAAAGACGGAAAUCCUGACUGUGCCGCACAAUGAGGUAGAUUUCUAGUUGUAGUAAAAAAAUUGCAUCUGGCAACGGCGCAAACAUCUUUUAUUUUUUUUAGAAGAAAGUCUUUUAGCGCUUCUACUUGUGGUUUUAAAGACACCUGAGUCAUUUAGAGCAGAGGAACGAGUCGCAACGAACUCCGCCGCUGUCUUAGUUGUUUAUGAGAAACUGAGCAUUGCUGUGUGUGACGUCCACGACGCUGUAGUUCUUUAGCUGUAGUAAAAAUGGCGUCUGACGACGGUGCAAACAUCUUUGUUUAGAAAAAAGGCUUUUAGUGCUUCUACUUGUGGUUUUAAAGACGUGUUCAAGUCAUUUAGAGCAGAGGAAAGAGCCGCAGCGAACUCCACUUCAGUCGCCAUGUUUAUGACAAACUCAGCGUUGUGGUGUGUGACGUAUGAUACUCAGUGCUGAUUGGCUCGGUUAGAAUUCUCAGGGGGCGUGGUUAUCUGAAUAGGAGAGUUCCCAGACACUUUCUCUGUGCAGAAUUAAACAGAGGAGAGUUUGGCAGGCCAGGCUAGCUCUGUGGCAUCCUGUCAUGUGUCCGGUCCAAGGUUGUGUGUGUGUGUUUUUUGUUUUGUUUUUAAGAGACUUUUUAACACGGACAAAUUUGUCCCUCAUCCUCGUCCACCUCUUCGUGCGCUCGCCACCUCUAAA